AUGUUUCCAAUAAUUCACUCGUUGACCACCACCACUAAGGCUGUCAGAAUGGCGACGAAAGAUGUGAUCAAAGAGUUCAGUGAUGACCGGGUAGUUUAUUUGGAACUGCGAUCUACUCCAAGAGCAUGUCCAGGAAUGUCUAAAGAGCAGUAUAUUGCGGCGAUUAUCGACGGAAUGAUCGAAGGCUCAGAAGAGUUUGAGAUUAUGACUAGGCUUUUGCUUAGUAUCGAUAGGCGUCAAUCAGUGGAAGAUGCUGAACAAACCGUGAAACUUGCGGCAGCUGACAAGUCUGGGCUUAUUGCUGGCGUGGAAUUAAGCGGUGAUCCUUCUAUAGACGGACGAAAGUUUCUUCCAAUACUCCAACAGGCUAGAGACUUCGGUCUAAAAGUUGCGGUCCACUUAGCCGAAGUGACCACUCAGUUGGAAGAGGUGCACGAUUUUUUGGCCUUUCGACCUGAUCGAAUCGGUCACGGUACCUUUUUGCAUAUUCACGAGGCUUUCGUGAAUUCAGUAAUUCAACAGAGGAUUCCACUUGGUAAAUAA